AGGAAAUAACCCUAAACGGAGUGAAUAUUCUCGAAAAUCUGUUGUUGUUUUGAGCAAAACUAUAUAGUUGUACAUGGACAGUAUAUUGCGCAAUUAUUAAUGAAUAUGGAAUCCAUUCUGAAGGUAGUUGUAACGAUAAUUUUAAUUGAUGGAUUUUACGCAGCUUCAAUGUCCGGGAUUGACACUACUUUACAGACUGACCCAACCGGUGACAGGCAUCAUCAUUAUCAUCGAAUAACAUUAAAGCACUUCUCAGAACACGCUUUAUGCAGUAAUACUCCUGGAACGAUAACGUUCCUGAAGGCACUUGAAGACUAUUUUCUAAAUAUAUCAGAUACAAUGCGGGUCAAUUUUAUCCUUGAUCUGUGUUCGAGACGGGGUGACAUGCUGAUUGGCUGGGUAAGGGAAAUAUUCGACAAAGACGGUGACGGUUACAUAUCGCACUUUGAGAGGAUAUUCUACAACAACAGAAGGUUAUAUGGAGAGGGCAUCUGGAUAAAUAACCUGUCAAACGACGUAUAGCAUUAACCACAACAAGAAUAGUGAGGAAAAAAUAGCAAUACCUGAACACUAUCACCAUCAAGAUGACGUUACCCCGAUGUAAACUGUGCAGCAUAUGUCACUGUAACCAGUUGGCAAUUGUGAUACAAACGCUCAAUUCACCAAUUAUAGGACCAUAUCUAAAGAAUUGAUUAUUGCAUAUCGUAUGAUUGUCCAAUGGUUAGACUUAUAAGUCUCAACAAGCAACGUUCUAGAGCAGCAAUAACUUCUAAGUGGACUUGUCAAUUGAUUAAACAGAUUAUCAAGAUAAUAUUGUGUGGUUUGUCGUAGUGUUGACGCCACACGAUGACGCUCUUGCCCAUAUUUUGUGCAAUUCCCAGUAUUACAAACUUAAGACUGAAUGUGUUAGUCCUUAAUAUAAAUUAUCCUUGUCAUGACCACUGAAAAGACUUGGCAAUUGUCUUUUUUUAUUUCAGGGCUUUUCACUGUAUAUUUUAUUAUUUCAUUGACCAAAUCUUACCUGGCUGGUAUGUCAAGACCAGAAUUGGCCUGGA